CGAUUAAUAAUAUCUAUCCAAGAUAACUAGUUAACUGAAUAGAUUUGCACACCGGGUCAGAUGAAAAUUAAUUGCCGACAAUUCCAGAGACAUUGAGCUUCUGGACCAGUUCACACCCAUCCAACAUCACGAUGUCUUCUGACAUCAAUCCAUACUGUACUGAGCCCGCUAUUCCAGUUCUAGCUCAUACUCUUCUUCAACUCCCAGAGCAACCGCCUGGUACCUCAGACGCGGAAGGUGACUCGGGUUCAGGAUAUAACAAACCCGAGCCAAAUAGCUUAGAUGCGUGGAAUCUAAAGCCCAGCAUUGAAAACGGGCUGCAGCAUUAUCCGAACGACAUCUUCCGGCCUGGAACCGUACUUGGAUUCUCACGCUUACGCGGGAGAAGCCCCGAUGGAAACGACGAUGAAUUUAUAGGCGAGACUCCACGAUAUCUCCUUACAAAAUGGCUAUGCAAAGUCUCUUCAGCUCCACAUCCUAGAAAUAAAGCAUUCAUAAUCCACCCGGCGAAUUUCGAUGCCUUUUCUCCCAAGAAACUCCUCGCAUCCUUACUCUCUCUGCCCCGCGAGCCUGCUCUAUCCCGCAACGAGGCAAUCUCUUGCCUUGAUUCCGUUCAGCUAUUCCCCGUCUUUGACUUGGCUGCAGCCGCGCAGGCUAUCACUGAAGUCUCAGGUACAUUGCAUAAGCCAGAGCCAGCGCGCAAAGGGCACGCAACGGUUCUUAUCAUCACUGGUCUGGAUACAUUAGCGGAGAGCGUAAUCCGCGCCUCAAAUGCCGUUAGAGGAGCAGCGGUUUUAACCAGUAUCAUCCGUACUAUAACACAGUUGUCGAGAACGCAUCGGUCUAAUCUUUCAGUGAUGCUUGUGAAUACGAGCGGGGUUGGACCGAUGGCGCCCGGGGGCUUUUCGGGGGCCCAGGAUUCUCAAUUUCGAAGGGAAGAUGAGAACCAGCAGUUCCGUUUUACGCGGGAAGAUGGAAUCAAUUCGAUCUUCCGGGUUGCCGACGCGUCUUUGUUCCCCAGUUUGCUGAUGAGGACGGUGGAACAGGGCAUUGAUACGCAUUUCUUAUUAUCCUAUACGAGAUCGAUUCCUGUGGUUGAGGUGAUCAAAGAUCGGCUUGGGAAUAAUGUAGGGAAAUGGUGCGCAUGGGAUAGGAAAAAGUGAAAACUGACUAGUCGACUACCUUGGGCGACAUCACGAUGCCGUUAGGGUGGACAAGUAUGUCACGUUUCAUUCCGCGUCGCACACUAUCUUACAAUAUCUAUCCCAAGCAUGCUCAAGCUUUUAUCUUUCCUGUCAGGUACCAAAAUACGCCUGUCUUAUGCAACCCGUGAGGAACACAAACCACCAAACCGACCGAACUCCAUGAUACACGUCCUUUCAUGUUUUAAAAAUCGGCGAAUAGGACGAAUAAGUAUAUCCCAACAGCCCGAAAAGCAGGUGCAAGCAAAAGGAUGAAGGAAAAUAAGAUGUUUGAGGAGAAAUAAUAGGGAACGACCCAGACCGGUGUGCUAGCUGCCAUUUUGAGCGUUGUCUUUCUCAGCCCACAUCCUGAGCACCACUCGUUCCACAACAUUUUGAGCUUCUUUCUCG